UGCAGAGAGGAGGGUUGGCUCAGAAGCACAGAUUAGUAACUUCAGAGCAGGAGAAUAACACAGGCGUGCCUCCUCAGGACGGAGAAUACUUUCUGUGCGGCUUUUACAGGAGAUUUUUCUGAUCUUUACAAAUCUCAGGAAAAAAAAAAAACACUAAAAAAACCCAGCUGAUAGCAGGAACCAUGGAGGACUUCUACACCACGGAGGAAGGCGACAUGUAUGUCAACGAUACAUACGACUACGACUACGAACACAGCCUGUGUGAGAAGGAUUCGGUACGCUCUUUUGGCAGCGUCUUCCUCCCGAUCAUCUACGCCCUGGCUUUGGUGGUGGGCCUGGCGGGGAACGCCCUGGUAGUGGUGGUUUACACGUCCCGCUUGAGACUCCGGACCCUCACCGACAUGUGCAUCCUCAACCUGGCCAUCUCAGACGUGCUGCUGCUCUUCACCCUGCCGUUCUGGGCCGCCGACGCCGUCCACGGCUGGAGGCUGGGCGUCGCCGCCUGCAAGAUCAACUCCUUCCUCUACAGCACCAACUUCAGCUGCGGUAUGCUGCUGCUGGCCUGCAUAAGCGUGGAUCGCUAUUGGGCGGUGGCCCAAAACUCAGCGGGCAGGACUGGGACGAGCUCGCGGGUCAGGAGGCAGUGGCUCAUUGUGUGUGGUGCACUGUGGGCUUUAGCCAGCUUCUUUGCCCUGCCUGAACUCAUCUUCUCCACAGUGAAGGAGAACCAUCACAGGACCAGCUGCACGGCUAGCUAUCCGCCCAGCAUGGCCCGACCGGCGAAAGCUGCCCUAGAGCUGCUGGAGGUGAUCCUCCGCUUCCUCCUGCCUUUCCUGGUCAUGGUGUUCUGCUACUCAUGCGUAGGGCGGGCCCUGACCAAGGCCGCCGGGGUGCGCAGAGAACGGAAGUGGCGCGCCCUGCGGGUCCUCCUGGCCGUCGUGGCCGUGUUCCUGCUCACCCAGCUGCCCUACAACAUCGUCAAGCUGUGCCGAGCGAUGGACAUCAUCUACCACCUCGUCACGGACUGCGAAGUCAGCAAGGGCUUGGACCGCGCCCAGCAGGUGACGGAGAGCCUGGCGCUGGCCCACGCCUGCAUCAACCCCGUCCUCUACGCCUUCAUCGGGUCAUCCUUCAGAGGGCACGUCCUGAAGGCGGCCAAGCACCUGGGACAGAGACUCGGGAGACACUCCAGGCAAGUCAACGAAGAGCCCGCGGUGGAGAUCGCGCUCCGCUCACCGAGCCAGAACCCGUCUGAGUCUGGCUCCGAGGACCAGGACACCAGCACCUUCACCAUCUGAGACUCCAGCGGGCACCGGGCCAGCCAUCUUUAUUGGCACGCUUGGUAAAUAUGUGUAAAAAGGCUGAAAGGCAUUUCAUUUUUACUGCAGAAGCAUAUUUUCAAACAAAGACAUUGAAAAAGCCAACAUUUCAGUGGGGUGGGGGUGGGGGAGGUACUGAGAAUACUUUGUGCAAACCCCCUUUUGCCCAUAGAGAAGCACUCAGACGUAUGCUAUAACAUCUGAUACAGAUGGACCAUCCCACAGCAUCAGCACCCUCGGUUGCCUCACAUCCUUUUGUUCAGCUCAGCCUCCAGGUUUUCUACCAGAUUCAGGUCUGGGGGCUGAGACGGUCAUAGAUUCAGUGCCUGGUAAACAAUUUCAGUGCUGAUUUGGCCUUUUGCUAUGGAUCACUAUUCUCCUAAAAGACCUGAAAUCUGGUAUUUUAAAGACUUCAUGAUGCCUAUGCACAGUGGACGUUAGGUGCUUUCACGCAUUGCUUCUCACCAUUUGCUGUUGAAAGGGUUGCAUUUUGAAGCAGAGUUUCUCAAACCUGGCAUGUUUACUAUCGCGACUGUAGGUGAUGGUUUUCGUUGAGACUUGGUGAGUUAGCUUUGGAGCUCCCUGUUGGUGACCCACUCCUCGCCGUGUUUGGUGCCAAGAUAAAUACGGGUCCCGGUUCAACACGGUGGACAGCGGCUAAAGCAGAUGCAUCGCUGUGUUAUGACGCCUAUUAUACAGAAAUUCAUGGAUUACUAAUUAGAAGUUCCUAGACACUCGAUCAGCUUUAAAAAUCAUGCAUUUAAAAAGGCUCCAGUUACAUUUAGAGGUGCGAAUAACUGUGGCGGCAGUGAUUUUGUUGAAAUCUAUAAUUCAAUGGAUCCCGCCCCGCUGAAUAAAUGUAUUUGAAUUAAAGGUUGGAUUUUAAAUUUCUUUACAGGGCUUCUUCAAGUCAAACUUAUUUUAAAUAUAGACCUCCAUGACUAAAGGACAAAUUAUUUAACUUAUAUUUAACUUACUUGAUAACAAGUUCAAAGUAACUGUCGAGCUAAUUUGGUGUUUCCUGCCGUGCGUCUAAGUGCUCUCACACCGAGGCCACCUAACGUCGCCGCCUGUAGAGUACGUUACGGCAGCUUUUUAUCAAACAUCUAAAAUAUUCUGCGACAAAGGAGCUGCUAGUAAAAACUUUGACAAUACUUACAUUAAUAUUAAUUGCCUAAGCAUACAGUUGAGUCAGAUUUAGUAGAAUGUUUAUUUUGUAGGUUUGGGGAGGAAUGCCUUCUGACCGGUUCGUUUCAUCGGGGCGUAAAUAAAUAUAAACUCUUUAUUCAGAAUAAAUAAAGGCUGCCAGAGUAUUUCCCACGGAAGAAGCAGUAACAACAAUAAUAACAAAAAACUGCUUUAACGUUUUUUUAAUCAUUUAAUUUUUUUUGUCAUUUUAUACUGUCUA